ACCAAUAAAAACCCAAGGAGUAGAACAACACAAUGCAACUUCAAAACAGACGCUGGUAACGUUACUGCAUGGACCUCACACGGCCCAGAAAAAUUACUUAAUUGAUAUCUCAGCCUAGUGUCAGUCAUGUCGGACAUUUUAACACUUGUUUUUAAGACUUUAAUGUCCAAAACAGGCGUAAACAGUGAUUUCAGGGUCGCUUCCUCAUCACCGACAACCUGCGGCAACACGCUGCUGCUAGGAGACCACAGCAUCAGCCGCUCUGUGCUGCUUCUCGCGGCCGUUACAGCUGCCGAGACCGGGAUGAAAGUGAUUUUCUUCACGCAGACACAAAUUCAAAGUCUUCCUGUGUCUCUGCAGAAAUGUGUGCCCAACCUGAGCCCUGAGAGUCUAAAGAAAAUCAAGUUUUGCUAUCCCUGCAAAGUGGAUGAGCUGCUUCAACAGGUGGCCAGCCUUCAUGAGUCCAUCAACUUAUAUCCCACCCCUUCCUCACUGAUCAUAAUUGACAGGUUGGAUGGCUACCUGUGUGGUCCAGGGGGUGGCGGCACAUGUGGAUUAUACCCAGGUGAGCAGUCCUUGGCUGCACACCUUUCUGCAUUGCUGUGUGACACUUCAGCCUUCCUCACACAACUCCUGAAACAACGCUCCUCCAGCUCAGGCCCAUGUUGCUUCAUUGCCUCCUUUCAAUCAGAAGUUGACCUCGGGAAAUCAGAUGGGGAGGCCUCUACCACAGAUCCCAUCCUUGAAGUACUUGAUCGCUAUUUCCAGGUUCGCUGCACUCUUGACAGAGAUUGCAGCUAUGAAGCUGCAGCAGCUGGAUUACAGGAGGUUUGGCACAUUUACUUUUCAGGGACAUGCAUCACACAGGCCUCUUGUAUCAAAGACAGAGAGGACAGGCAAAGCAUAGACCAAGAAUGGCAGCUGUUAAUUUUUCCAGAUGGUGUAAUGGAGUUUAAAUUGGUCUGACAAUAUCUGUUCACCAAGGGUCUAUUUUCGUUCACAGAAAGUGCUUUUUUGUCACCCCUGAUUGCAGUCAAUGCCUCUGCGCAGAGCGUUAGUGUGAUUAGCUGCAGUUUUAGACUACGGUAGUGUAACCUCCUCCCACAGCUCCACAGUAAUCAUAUCUUUCAUAUACUCUUCUUUCUGUCAGUGUAUCUCAGUAAACAGGUAACAGGUUUAGAUACUUUCAUUGCAUGUAUUACAGGGAAAUGGUACCAACAUAUUCACACAUUUUCAACUCGCUAUAAGUUCCUCUGCUGCUUCAUCACUCUGUCUGGUGUCUCCUUUGUCCACGCUGUCACUUCUGUGUAAUGUUUAUGCAGCCUAGAAAAAAGUAGCAUUUGCAUAUUAUGUGCCUCUGGUUAAUUAUUCUGUGAUAAAACCAAUCUUUCACUUAA